CCAAAUCAGACCGCCCAUAUGCAAAUUAUAGAAUAAGAUUCCUUCGCACCAAUUCUCCAUCUAUAUCGAAUGUUUCAUAGUUUCUCGUCACCUUUACUCAUCGGGCCACGUCUAUUGCAUCUUCCCGGAGAGAUCAUGACUCUGGCGGGAGGCGGCGGAGCCGUCAAAGGCCAUGUGCUCAUCAUCCCGUUCCCGACAUCGGGACACGUCAUCCCGCUCUUGGACCUCACGCGCCUCCUCGCCAUGCGUGGACUCACAGUCACCGUUCUCGCGACACCUCAAAUCCUCCCCCUCCUCUCCGCCUACCCUUCCUCCGUCAAUGCCCUCGUCCUCCAGCUCCUGCCACCCGAGGCGGCCAGGGACGUUGCCUUGGCCUCGGUGUAUCCCCGGGCCGCCAUCCAGGCUCUUGGCAGCCUCCACGGGCCCCUCCGGGAGUGGAUUGCCGCCCAACCCAAUCCGCCAUCAGUGAUCAUUUCAGACAUGUUCGUCGGUUGGGCCCACCGCCUCGCUGAGGAGGUGGGGAUCAGGCGGGUGCUAUUCUCACCCUCCGGCGCCAUGGCACUUUCUGUAGUUUUCACCCUUUGGCGGGAUAUGCCAAAGAUAGCCGACUCUGUCUCCUUCCCGGAGAUACCGAAUUCACCGACGUACCCAUGGCGGCAGCUCUCCGGGCUGUUCCAGGCCCACCGGGAAGGCGAGCCGGUUUCGGAGUUCAUUAGGGAAGGUUUCCUUGCUAAUAUGGAGAGUUGGGGUGUUGUCGUAAACACGUUCAACGAACUGGAGGGGCCCUAUAUGGACCACCUCAGGAAGAUAAUGGGCCACGACCGCGUUUGGGCCACUGGGCCGCUGCUCCCACCCGAGGCAGACUCGUUCAGCCGGGGCGGCUCCAGCUCGGUUCUGGCUGACGACAUGGUUUCCUGGCUCGACUCCCGUAAGGAUGGCUCCGUGGUCUACGUGUGCUUUGGGAGCCAGGUCAGGCUAGCCGAGGAACAGAUGACUGCGCUUGCUCUAGGUAUGGAGAAGAGCGGGGCCAACUUUGUGUGGGUGGUGAGGGCAGACGGGCCGAUGAAGGUCCUCGAAGGCUUUGAGGACCGCGUGGCUGGAAGGGGAUUCGUGAUCAAGGGCUGGGCCCCGCAGCUCCCUAUUCUAAACCACCGGGCCAUGGGCGCAUUCCUGACGCACUGCGGUUGGAACUCGAUCCUGGAGGGGAUCAAGGCAGGCGUCCCGAUGUUGGCCUGGCCCAUGGGGGCCGACCAGUUCGUGAAUGCAACACUCAUCGUGGACCAGCUAAAGGUGGCACGGAGGGUGAGUGAGGGGGCCGGGACCGUGCCGGACUCAGACAAGCUAGCCGAGGCGAUCACUGAGUUGAUCGGGGAAGAUCGGCCCGAGAGGAGUCGAGCCACCGAGAUAAAAGGGGCAGCAGUAGAAGCCAUCGACGAAGGUGGUUGUUCAUAUAAGGACCUCGAUGAGUUCGUUAAAUGUAUACAUGCGUCGCCGUUAGACAGCGACAUCAAAUCCUAGCCAGGUGUACGGAGAAACGUACGUUGCGGUACGAAAAGUACAUGGGAAGAUUCUCAAUAACGUUGUUCUAUUGUCA